GCAACCCAGAUUAGUAAAUCCAGCUGAUACAGUUUUACUACUAAUUUUGAAAGAUUUUUAGUUCACGGAAUUUAGUAAAAAUUUAGUCUUAAUAUAAUAAUAUAACUGAACCACUUCACAAAGCACGCAAAAAAGUCUGAAGAUAUAUUUUCUAUCAAAAAUUUAAAGUGGUGUAGCCGAGUUUUACUGAAAAUAUUAUUCCUUUAGAAAAACUUCUAAUGUAUGACGUGAUAUAAAGAUAGGAAUAAUAUAUAAAGGUAAUGUCUUCAGUUUAAUUAUAGAACGACUCAACACUGCAUAGUUCUGGUUCGUCCUAAAAUAUAUAUUCGAAAUGACUGUUGUUCUAGUCUGAUUUAAGUAACGAUUAUUUAUUGGUAAUUAAAUAAUAAGUACAAAAGUAAUCAUGGAAGCUAAUAAUACACAAAUUCCAAACCCUAUUGUCUCUGAAAACAAAAGGAGAGAACAGAAGUAUCGCAAAAAGGAUCCCAGGUCUUGGUAUAAUAUAUCCAAGUCUAUAGCAGAACUGAGUGAGGCUGAAAAACUAACUGUUCUUGAAAAGAAGUAUAUUGAAUUAUAUAAUGAGCAUCGUAACUAUGAAGUUGAGCAUCAAGAAGUGAUAGCAAAGUAUCAGUUACUCUCAAAAGAAAAGGACCAUAUUUCAAACGAAUUAGCUAAGAGCAUUGACAUCAGAACAAGAUUAGAGAGUGUAUGCCGAGAACUGCAAAAACAAAAUAAAACCAUUAAGGAAGAGAAUGCUUUGAAAUUGAAACUUGAGGAGGAUAGAAGAAAAGAAGUGACUUCUCAAUUCCAAAGGACCUUAAAUGACAUAAAUACGAUGAUGGAUGAAAACCAGGUCACCAACAUGAAAUUGCAGGAUGAUAACUUAGAUAUGUCUGUUAAAAUAGCUGAGCUAUAUCAACAAUUUGAAUCUCGAGAGAGCGCUCUAAAAAAACUCAAUAAACAAAUGGACCUAGAAAAGCAACUAGUGAAAGCUAAUAUCGCUAAAACAGAGUAUGAAUUCCAGGCAGAAAGGGAAAUUUGGAAGAAGGAAAUGCAGUUCCAACAGGCAGAACUGGCGAAGAGUAAAGCUGACUCUCAAGUACUAGAACAAACGAUAAAAAAACUGGAGGAGCAUCUGAAUGUUUAUAAAGAACAAUACGAGAAUUUCGAAGGAACACUCACAAAAAGUAAUAAGAUGUUCGCAGACUGCAAGGAUGAAAUGCUGAAAAUGACAAGAAAAAUCGCUAGUCUUGAUAAAGAUGCCCUAAACUGGAAAAAACGAUUUGAAAAUGCUGCACAAACGAUUGUCCAGUUGACCAACGAUAAGCAUCAGCAGGAAAUAGAGGUCAUUAACACCCACAAAAAACUUCAGCAAUUGCAAAAACUCUGCAGACAGCUACAACUUGACCGUGCUUCCUACUUGAAACUUCUCAAAGCAAAUAAAAUCGAGCCUGUGUCGGAAAUAAUUGAGCAAGAACCUGCAGAUGUUCCAGAGAAAUCGUCGAAAAAGGAGAUUGAACUGAAGCAUCUUCAAAGCGAGUUGAAGUUUAUUCAGUCCCAGUUAAAUUUAGUAGACAAAAUUUCUAACUCUGAAAAUACCCAAACUGCAUCCCCUCUACCUGUAGAUAAAGCUAAUGAAACCAAACCUUAAGAUGAUUAUAUGAUGUUUAAAUAUUGAGACUGUUUAUACAAGCCUGUGUUAAAUGUUUUUACCAUUUCAGUUUCAGUUUUCUUGUGUUUCGUGUGAAGGCUUUCUCUGAGUAUUUGAAAUGUAAUUUGACAUCUUCGCAGAAAGAUACAUUUAUGACAUGAGUUUAUUUUGAAUAUAUUUUCGAUUUAUUCAGACAGAGAAAACUACUUUUAUUUGUUCAAUUUAUGUUGUUUUCUCUUAUUUCUGUUUGAGUUGAUUUUUUUCUCAAUGCUAUUCACUAACAGUUGUAAUUCUUGCCUGUGAACAGUUUGACCAGUAUUUUUUUAUACAAUAUAUGUUUAUAUAUUUUAAAGAAAUGUCACAUGAGUGUCCUUAAAUACAUGGUUAGUACUCGGUGUAUUCUUCAUAAAUUCAUUAAAUGUUGAAAAUAUA